ACUCUAUAUAUAAAGAGCGAAUCACCUUGACAAAUGAUAUUUUUAAUUCUGAUAUACACGAAGCAAAACAUGUUGGUAUACGCACAAUAAAUACAUAUGGUAAUAUAAGUACAAUGUGGGCAUCUCUCACAAAAGACGAGCCAUGUGCUAACAUAAUAUCGGAAUGUUCUUCACUUGAGUGUCAAAAGGAGAUUCGUCCUGUCUAUGUUCUCGGUGUAAAUCAUCAUACAAUACAACAAAAAGGAUUUGGAUGCAUAGAAGAAACGGUUCAAUAUAAUUUUUUUAUAAAGAACAUUAAAUGUCAACAUUCUGAAUGUACUGGACGUCGUACAAAUUAUACUGAAGUUAAAUCGCAUGUAUAUAUUGAACUUGACAUUAAAGGAUCUUUGACUGAAAAAAGAAGAAUGAGAUGCAAAUUAAAUGAUAUUUCACCAACAAUAAAUAUUUUAAAACAAGAAUACAGAUUAGCCGGAAUAAUCGAAUAUAUAAGGAAUCAUUAUAUAGCAUACGGCAAAAAAGUUAAUGGGUCCUGGGAGAAAUAUAAUGAUAUAUCACCAUCAAUAUUAAAAUGUAACAAAAAUAAUGAGAUAGAACCACAUGCGGCCAUAUAUGUAUGUACUAAAAAUAAAGAUAUAUAA